AUGCCUAAACCCAGUAAGAACGAAACACCUUUGGAAAAAUUAAUGCGUCUUAGGCGUGAAAAGAAGGCCAAGGAUGACGAGAAGGCAGAGAAACAAAGGAGAAUGGCUAACGUAAAAGCACGUAAAAAACGUAUUGCAGAUGAAAGAAAGGCACGUAGCCAGGCACAGAAAGCUGAGCGUGCUGAACGUAAAAAGUUAUUUGCUUCUAUUGAGCAGAGCUUAAAGGAAGAACAAGCAGCUCAGAAGCAAGCUGAAAAACAGAAAAUCGAAAAAAUGCGUUCUGAACAAAAGGCUAGAACAGCAGCCCUUAAGAAGGAAGCUGCCGAACUUAAGAAGCAAGAAAUGGCUGAUAAGAAGAAACGUAUAAAGGCAGAUAAGGAAAGAGCUAAAGAAAAAGUUAAACAAAUGAAAGAAUUAAGAAAGAAGGAAGCCAUGCUCAGACCAGCUCGUGAAUCUGCUAAGAAGAAUAGGGAAGCAGAAGAAAAGAAAGUACGCGAUAGAUGGGCUUUAGCAGAGAAGAACAAAGCUGAACAGAAUAAGUGGGAUAACGAAAAGUUAGCUGAACUUCUCUGGGAGUCAUCAUAA